AUGGUAGUGCGGAAAACAACGAAACCGACACUGUACCGUGAGUGGAGGCAGGGAGAAGGGUGGACAGCGGCAGGCAGACAACGGCAGGCAGACGAAGUCCUGUUCCCGGUAUGGAAGCGGCAGGGUGCGCGGAGUAACGCCUGGCCGCGAGCAGCAGCGGCCACGGGGAGACGAGCGGCAGCGAGUUCGCAGGAGAGGACCCGCGGUGAGCCGCGGUGGAGACACAGCGACCAUGGCGCGCAGUCCCAAAAUAUGAUGUGGAAGAGGAGCCGCGACCAUGCAGGACGAACAAUGUGCGAGGCGUGA